AUGACUGGACCAGACUUACAUAAUAGCUUGCUUGGUAUCCUUAUGAGAUUUAGAAGAGAGCCCGUUGCAGUUUCUGCCGACAUCCAACAGAUGUUCUACCAAUUCCAUGUUGAAGAGAAGGACCGUAACUACCUGAGGUUCUUUUGGUUCAAGGACAACAACCCUGAGUUGCUACUAGUAGAAUACAGAAUGUGUGUGCACGUGUUCGGGAACAGCCCGUCUCCUGCAAUAGCUACUUACGGGCUUCACAAGAGUGUACUGAUGGUGGAAGACACAUACGGGUCAGAUGUGGCUAAUUUUGUACUACAAGAUUUCUACGUUGAUGACGGUCUUGUUUCACUGCAGACUCCACAAGAGGCGAUAGACUUGAUGAAACGGACUCAACAGGCACUGGAUACCGGUGGAAAGUUGAAGCUACACAAGAUAUCAUCAAACAGCAGAGAGGUCAUGAAGGCUUUCCCGAAAGAAGAUCUGGCGAAAGAUCUAAAAGAUCUAGACUUGGGACAUGAGAAUCUCCCUGUACAGAGAAGUCUUGGAAUGAACUGGAACCUAGAUUCUGAUUAUUUCACGUUCACAAUUUCUGACGAAAUCACGCCAUGCACAAGACGCGGUAUUUUGUCUACACUGAACAGUCUUUUUGACCCUCUGGGAUUUAUCUCCCCUGUCGUAGUCCAUGGACGGAUCAUCAUGAGGGACCUGAUGUCGAAAUCUCCAGACUGGGAUGAGCCAUUGCCAGUCGACACUAGGGAUCAAUGGGUAAAAUGGUGCGAAUCAUUAAAACACCUUGAGGACUUGAAAGUCCCACGAACUUACCUUGAAGGGUCACUUAGUGCUACAGUUGACCAACAGAUUCACAUAUUUUCGGAUGCAUCCGAGAAAGCAAUAGCUGCUGUCGCCUACCUUAAGACAAUAGAUGCAAAUGGAGACACGAGUGUUGGCUUCAUCAUAGGAAAAUCUAAAGUUUCACCCAAACACGGACAUACAAUUCCAAGGUUAGAGUUGUGUGCAGCGGUAUUAGCUGUAGAAUUAGCGGACAUCAUUUGUGAACUGUUACACAUGCCAGUUGGACAAAUGAGAUUUUACACAGACAGUAGAGUGGUACUCGGAUACCUCCAUAACCGUGUGAGACGGUUCUAUGUGUACGUAAAAAACCGUGUCAGUAGAAUUCUAAAACUCUCGGGACCUGAUCAGUGGUGUUUUGUGCCUACUAAAGAAAACCCGGCGGACCUGGGUACGAGACCCACACCGGCAGAAACUCUUCAUGACAGCAUUUGGCUUUGCGGACCAAGUUUUCUUCUCACCGAGACACGCGACACAGAAGACAUGUACCAGCUUCACUCUCCAGCAGACGACCCAGAGAUACGUCCAGUCAUACAGUGCAUAAAAACAAAUAUUGUGUCUAAGACAUAUCUAAACACAAGAGGCUUUGAAACUUUCUCUCAGUGGAGUAGAUUGGUGAAUGCACUGGUGGUCUUGAAAAGAUUUGUGCGACGUGUUUAUAGGAAGCUACAUGGCGCCAGUGACUCCAUUGACAAUGAGCACGUUGAAAAUCAUGAGCUGAAAACAUUUGCCGAGAAAAUUGUGAUUCAGUCAGUCCAGAGAGAGGUGUAUUUCAAAGAAAUUGACUCUAUACAGAAUAAUAGUCGAAUACCAAAAGACAGUUCAAUUGUAAGCUUAAAUCCAGUUAUAGACGAAGAAGGGACGUUGAGGGUCGGAGGGCGUCUUCGAAAUUCAGACUUAGGAGUUGUCGAAAAGUAUCCCAUUAUCCUUCCGGGUAAACACCAUACUUCUAGAUUGGUAGUACAACAUUACCAUGAGAGGGUCAAACACCAGGGUCGACACUUUACAGAAGGUGCCAUUAGAGAAGCAGGGUUCUGGAUAACAGGAGCCAAGCGGCUUGUUAUGUCUGUCAUCCAUCAUUGUGUGAAAUGCCAACGACUUCGUGGAGGAUUGGGAUGUCAGAAGAUGGCUGAUCUGCCAACAGAUCGUUUGAGGCCAGGUCCUCCUUUCACGUCAGUUGGGCUUGACUGUUUCGGUCCAUGGCAAGUCGUGAGCAGACGUACGAGGGGCGGUCAAGCUGCAAACAAACGUUGGGCUGUUCUGUUUACCUGCCUUACAUCAAGAGCAGUCCAUAUCGAGGUAAUUGAGGAAUUGAGCAGUUCUUCUUUCAUCAAUAUUUUACGUAGAUUCACCAGUAUCCGUGGCAAGGUCAAGGUAUAUCGUUCAGACAACGGGACCAACUUCAUGGGAGCGUUAGACGUUUUAGGCGUCAACGUCAAUGACAGUGUUAGAAGAUAUAUGGACCAGGAAGGUGCAGUGUGGAUUUUGAAUCCUCCUCAUUCAUCACACCGUGGAGGCGUAUGGGAACGAAUAAUCGGCGUCACGCGAAGAAUUCUUGAUUCGAUGUUGUUGGAUCUACCUGGAAACAGCCUUACACAUGAGGUUUUAACUAUGUUCUUGGCGGAAUGGAAGCGGGUUCAAAUCCUGGCAGAACAGUUCUGGAAGCGGUGGGGGUCUGAGUUCCUUCAAACAUUGCAAGUGCGCAGAAAAUGGACAGCAGAGCAGAGAGAUCUUCAGUGUGGUGAUGUAGUGUUGUUGAGAGACAAGCAAGAACACAGAAAUUAUUGGCCUAUGGGUCUAGUGGUGCUAGCAGAACCCAGUAACGAUGGAUUUGUCAGGACUGCGGAAGUGCGGACUGUUGGCAAAAAUGGGAAACCGACUACAUAUGUACGCCCAGUUAAUGAGAUGGUGCUGCUUGUUCCAUCUUAG